AAAAGCGAAUCGCACAUAGCUCUGCGCCAUUCAAUACCUCUCUCGCUGACCUGACCUGACUUUUGAGCAAGCUAGCUGCCAGUGCUCCCACGAGUCUGUCUUAGACCUCACAUGCCAAUGGAUCCUGACCUAGAGAUCAUGAAGGAGCUGCCAAGACAGACGACGGUGGAAGAAAAGUCCCAGCAGACACAAGAAUCUAUCUACAAUAUCCGCCCAUGGAAUAACAAUCACUUGGAUCGCGCCAUUAGUACAGUGAGUACUAUCGGCGAGGAUGAUGACCCAGGCUUGCGCAGACCUACAGACUUCAAGCAAAAGCAGGAUUUCUCCGGGAAAAUGCUUCUUUGGCUCGCAUACCAGUCGAUCGGUGUCAUCUACGGAGAUAUUGGAACCAGCCCGCUUUAUGUCUAUUCGUCUACAUUCACUGAACCGCCUUCACGCCAAGAUCUUAUCGGAGUACUUUCCAUUAUUAUUUGGAGUAUUACUAUUAUGGUGACCGUGAAAUACAUCUUCAUAAUCCUUCACGCGGAUAAUGAUGGAGAGGGUGGUACAUUCAGUACAUAUUCUCUGCUCAGUCGUUAUAUGAAUAUAACUCAUCGAGAUCCUCGAGAGGCAUCCCUUGUGCAGAUGAAGAGACACUUGUCGAUUGAUCUCGAGCGCUCCAGCAGAUUUGCUCGACACAGGCUGGAAACAAGCAAGUUCGCGAAGCGCCUACUGAAAGUUGUAGGAGUACUGGCCGUUACAAUGGUUCUUGCAGAUGGCCUACUCACUCCCGCUCAAUCUGUGCUAGGUGCCGUCCAGGGAAUUGAAGUUGUUUCUCCGAACAUUUCCAAAGGUACUGUUAUUGGCGUCACGGAUGCUAUCCUGGUCAUCUUGUUCUUGCUACAGCCACUUGGUAUCACGCGGGUUACGUUCGCCUUUGCCCCAAUCGUCAUCAUUUGGCUUGGUUUCAAUGCUGCAUUCGGAAUCUAUAAUCUUGCUAAAUACGAUGCCGGAGUUUUUGUCGCUUUCAACCCCGGCUACGCUUUCGAAUUUCUGAUUCGACAUGGAGAAUCAGGAUGGAGGAUGCUCAGUGGUACUUUACUUGCCUUCACUGGAGUCGAAGCUCUUUUUGCCGACCUUGGUGCUUUUAGUCGUCGGGCUAUCCAGAUAAGUUGGCUAUGCUACACAUUUCCUUGCCUGCUUCUGGCGUACAUCGGGCAGGCUGCAUACAUCAGUGUGCAUCCAGAGGCAUACUCGAACCCAUUCUAUAACGCAGCUCCUCCAGGCACCAUAUAUCCUGCGCUUGUAAUUGCUAUUCUCGCAGCUAUUGUUGCAUCGCAAGCAAUUAUCACCGCCACAUUCCAGCUCCUAGCACAAGUGAUGAAGCUCUCAUACCUUCCGCAAUUUAAGGUGGUUCAUACCUCCGAUAUAUUCCAUGGUCAGCUUUAUAUACCUCUUGCGAACUGGCUAUUGAUGAUCGGGACAAUACUUGUGGCAUCCAUCUAUAACAACACUACAUCUCUUGGGAAUGCAUACGGAGUGUGUGUCAUCUUUGUGACCUUCUUUGACACUUGCAUGGUUGCAAUGGUAGCUAUGUUCGUAUGGCGCAAGAGUCCUUACCUUGUGUUCCUGCCCUGGCUCAUAAUUGCUUGCUUUGACGGAGCAUACCUUUCAUCGGCACUAACAAAAGUCCCAACUGGUGCAUGGUUCACUCUCGCCGUAGCGACUGUUCUUGCCUUGCUCUUCCUCCUCUGGCGAUUCGGAAAGGAGCAGCAAUGGUUCGCUGAAGCAGAAGAUCGCUUCCCCACUUCGCACUUUGUGACCAAGGAUCAGGACGGUAGCAUUCGCCUUACAGAUAGGUUCGACGGUGCACCUUUGAGCACCACUCAGGGCGUAGGGAUAUUCUUCGACAAAGCUGGAGAGACCACGCCCAUUGUCUUCAGCCAAUUUAUCCUAAAACUCACCACAGUGUUUGAGACGAUCAUCUUCUUCCAUCUGCGGCCGCUCGAAACUCCGUCAGUCCCUAUCGAUGACCGCUACACUGUUUCAAAACUUGCGAUUCCGAAUUGCUACCGUCUGGUUGUCCGCUACGGCUACAAUGACGAGAUCAUCUCUCCGGAUCUCGCUAGCACCAUCACUGAUCAGGUCCGCAAAUACUUAAUCGAAAACAGACACACUACUACACCAACUGAAGCGAGCACAAGCAUUAGCCAGUUCAGUCGGGACAUAGGCCAAGAUAGGACGAGUGCUGAAGAGUCCCAGACCAUCACCAGUCGAGGGAAACAGAUCGACCCAGUGGCACUGCUGGAGAAGGCCUGUGCACAUAACGUACUCUACAUCACUGGCAAGGAGCAGAUGAGAGUUAAAAGGGGUACAAACAUCUUCAGACGAUUUGUGCUGGAGAUCUUCCUAUGGAUUCGGGACAAUACGCGGGCGAAAAUAGCUUCGUUGGGACUGGGAGCUGAGAAGGUGAUUGAGGUGGGGUUUUUGAAGGAUAUAUGACCGCAUAAUAUGCAGUGGAAUAAAAUAUCAUAUGAUCUAUUGAAGAUUUUAUCUAUACUAUUUUCUGCAUAGAUAUCUCGGAAGAUCUUCAGUGAACGUCAUGCACAGGCUGUUGAUAACUAUACAACACGUGACUGCCCCUCGCGGGAUAACGUCAUCGGGUGCGUCAUUGCGGCAGGGAAUCACAGGAUGGACAAUGCAAUUCAAUCCGAAUCCGGCAUUGCCAGUUGCAUUCAUCCAUAGUUAAUGAGAAGUAAGACUUUUGAGGGGCCGACGGUGUAACAUCAACAGUAUAGGCACAGUACGUAGAGCUCUAUAUCAGGAGCUCAGAUUUCGCGCUCCUGCAGUCUUUACCGAUCACUCGUACUUAUUAGUCUUGGAUACAAUAUAAGAGUCCUUUAUGCAAGUCAUAUCAUAAUUCAUACAUGGAAUAUAACAAAUGAGAUAGAGAAGUUAUCUAAGCUCCCGCAAAGUAUUCAUAUAGCCGGACCAGUUCACUCUGAUAACUUUGGUCCACUGUUUACUGGAUUGAGACUUCGCUGUCUUUCUCGACAUUGAUGUGGUCGGAGGACUCGAGGGUAGAGACUUGGUCAUCAUCGUAUUGGACGCUAAGUUACUAAGAGUUAGUUGAGGAUACAAAAAGCUGCGUGAUAGCGGAGAGUGUACAUACACGAAUCCCUUGACCAGUGCAAAUUCCUUCACGAUCUUGCC